CACCACAGCUCUGAAGCAGAACGCGGACAUGCGUCAUUAGCCGCCUCUUCUGCCAGAAUGCUGUUGCCCACAUGACCUGCAGCCUGCAGUCUCCCCCUGCAACAGCCAAUCCCCUGAAUUUCCCUCCCAAUGCACCUCUUCCUCAUCCGUCACGGCGAGUCCGUCGACAACGUCGCGGGCCUCUAUGCAGGCUCGCGCGACUCGCCGCUCACCGCCCACGGCGUCCUCCAAGCCCGCCGGCUCGGCGCCCACCUCGCCGCACGCUCCGCCGCGACUGGUCCGAUCCUGCACAUAUUCGCGUCGGACCUGCAGCGCGCCGCCGACACCGCGCAGGCCGUCGUCGAUGCCCAAUUGACCGCGUCGGCGGAGGAGCAUCGUGCCCCAUUGGCUGUGGUCAGGCUACCGGACCUGCGGGAGCGCAACUUCGGGUCCUUGGAAGGGGUGAAGUACGGCCCCCGAUCAGUGUCGGGGUCAGCCAGUAAUGCCCACGCGGAUGCCGAGACGCGUGCGGAGAUGCAGGUCCGAGUGGACCGCUUCAUCGAGCUCCAUCUGGUCCCGCUGUUUAUAGACGUGGAGUCGACUUCGCUCAGCGCAUCUGCAUCUGGAUCCGUGGUCGUCGUCGCCCACGGCAUCAUCUUGAACGUCCUGCUGAGAUCUCUCCUCUCGAGGUUUGCCCCGUCCGAGCUAGCGCGGCUGAUUCACCCCGGGCUCGGAAACAUGGGCCACCUAGCCUCGUGGAGUAACACCGGGUGCCUUGAGGCGGUGGUCCGCUCCGACGCCGCUGUGCGCCCGCCGACUGGAGUGGCUAGCAUGGGUGCUGUGGUGGGUUCGGGGAAUUCUGCUGUGGCGGUCACCGCGGUGUCUCGCCCGGAACCAAGGAUCCAUUUGACUGUUACGGCAGUCAACAACGUGGAGCACCUCCAAGGUCUGAAGAAGACCCGGGGAGGCAUUGGCAGUGCCAAGUUUGACAGCAAUCAAAAGACGAUGGACUCGUUCUUCAAGCCGACUGGCAAGGAGCGGGUUUGAUGCAAUGCCGACACCACUUGUUCGGGGCUGUGUGCAUGGUCCACUCGAGUAUAGUGUUAUAUGAGGAUGACCCUCCGGUCCUCGUCAUCCUUAUCACGCCACUCAGGUGGCCGACGCAGAUAGACAAACAUAUACGGUGUCCCUCCUUGACAUCUCGGUAUCCCGAGGUAUUCGAAGGAGAGCCUAGCUGCCGAAGCUGCCGACUUGUUCAGUCAUGGGGAGGGAGAGAAUGCUUAUCUAGACUCGAUAAUGCUUAAUAUAAACCAACAACGUGCUCAUACAA